UGCUCUGAGUCCCUCACACACAGCGGGUCACCGAUCAAAAGAAAGAGCCAAAGAUGUCGGCUCUGUCAUGUGAUCAGCUGCGUCCAAUCACAGCUGAUCGCAUGGGACAUGUACACUGAUCAUCAGGGCACUGAUGAUCAGAGUGCCCUGAUGAUCAGUGUAGCCCCAUCAGUGCCACCUGUCAGUGUCCAUCAAUGCCAGCUGUCAGUGCUUAUCAAUGCCACCUGCCAGUGCCCAUCAGUGCCACAUCAAUGACACAUAUCAGUGCCCAUCUGAGCUGCCUUUCAGUGCCACCUAUCAAUGCCAGUCUGUGCCACCUAUCAGUGCUGCCAAUCAGUGCCACCCAUCAGUGCCAGUCAGUGCUGCCUAUCAGUGCCAGCCAGU